GACAGCGCGCUUCCUUUAUGAACUGUUGUAUAUAGAGCCAAUCUGUCCUCUAGAUAUAUAUUGAGUGUCGGUUAGCUAUUUUGAAACGCUCAAGACACUCGAAACUCAAGACUGCCAUAGGCAGCCAUGUCUACCACAAAGCUACGGCUAGCCAGCAAAGUCGAAAAACGCUUCGUUGUCCGUCAUGCACUGGACUGGUACCGAGCCUUAAUAAUAACAGGCUUAUAUACCGUGAACCAGAACAAUGCUUUCGACACUCGUAACAUUACAUCUUAUAUACCUGCUCUAAAAGCAUGCAUAGAGGCCCACCCAUUCCUCAGCGCGACUAUACAGGAACUGCAGACAGAAAAUCCUGUUUUUACUCGACCAGCUACACUGGAUCUUCGAAAUCAUAUUCAGACUAUCGAUACGGAAUCAAGUCGGUAUAAAUCUGUGGAUGAUGAACUUGAGUUAUUGAGAAAAGUUACUCUGGAAACACAUGAUAGGCCAUGGGAAAAUGCAGAGACCAUUCCACCUUGGAAAAUUGUGGUGUUACCGCUACCUGAUCGAGCGGACAGCACACAGAAACGAGUAUAUAUCAUUUUCGCGUACUCACAUGCCCAUGGUGAUGGGAAAUCUGGACUGGCGUUUCACAGAUCGUUUCUUCAGGGACUCCGGCGUCAGACUUCAGAUCACAAUGAGAGCCGAGGAUUUAUCUAUAAACCUCCUUCCUCACCACUGCCAUUACCACUAGAAGAAGUCUGCAAUCUAAAGAUAUCAUGGUCCUUUCUGCUCUCUCCCCUUCUCGCACAAUAUUUACCACAUUUUGUAUGUCGUUUACUACGACUACAUGCUGGUGGAACUCAACUAUCAACAGACCAAGUAUACACAGGCGACAUCAUACGCUACGACCGCGAAAAUUUCCACACCACUUCUCAAAUCCUGGUCGUGAAAGCAGAUGUACUCGCAGAUGUAUUAAAAGUCUGCAGAUCACAUGGCUCAAAGCUAACCGGCCUACUCAAUCAACUAAUCGUUCAUGCGUUGAGUGAAAACCUCGCUCCCGGAACUGCGAAUGAGUUUAUUUGCCAGUUUGCGCUUGAUCUUCGGUCACUGAUACCCGCAUACUCUGACGGUAUGACGAUGGGGAACUACGUCUCUGGCGCGUACGAGACGUCACCCGCGUCAACGAAUCCAGAAUACGACGACGCAUUCUGGGGCGCCGUGCGGAAGACGACAGGACUACUAGCAGCAGCAGCAAACACGCUCGAUGACCAACCCAUUGGACUACUGAAAUAUCUUGGUAAUUUCCGGUCAUGGUUCCUCGGUCAUCUAGGAAAGAAACGUGACGGGUCCUUUGAAAUCAGUAACAUUGGCGUCUUUGAUCCUUCGCUGCCUAACGGAUCUACUUCAUCGCAAGGGUGGAGUAUUGAGAGAAUGGUAUUUUCUCAACCUGCGAAUGUUACUGCUUCGCCUUUGAAUUUUCAAGUCGUUACGAUGAAGGGGUCGGAUAUGGUUAUUACGUUAAAUUGGCAGGUUGGUGCUCUGGGGGUGGUGGAUGAGGACGCUUUUGCUAAGGCAGUUUUGAGGCAUAUCAAUAAUGGGUUCGGUAAGGUUGCCUUGGGAUCAUAAAAUUUCAUUGGCCCUGUUGGAAAGAAGUAUAAUAUGAAAUUCAGGGGUCCAGCAUGAGUAUCCUACCUUAGGGUUCGCAACGCAUCAGAAAACUUGAUUCAAUUUUCAAUACAUAGUCUUCAAUGAAUAGUGCAU